AUGUCACGACCCGCGAGUCUCGCUUUUCAGCGGUACCAAAAGGCCAUUUCUCUAUGGCCCCGCGACAAGGUGCGGCCCGGCGUCCAGAUACAGGAUGCCAUCCAGAAGCGAGUAGAUCGGACGUUUGAUGCCAAAGCUGCGGCGCCGGACGAGGCUAUUGAGUUGAAGCAGGCCAGCGCUCUUCUCACGUUACUGAAUGACGGGUACCAGAAGAAGGUAGAAUAG